UCCUUUGCUUUCCAAGCAUACACCGACAUCGAGCACUAGCGAAGAGCAAGAGAAACCCUAGAUCCCAUUCUUCUUCUUCUUCUUCUCGAGUGAUCUGGGAUGAAUAAUAGCUACGCAGGGCCAAGCUCCGCCAGUGCCGACGCAUCGGCCACUCGCCGGAAUUCGAAGCGCCCUAAGUAUUCGAAGUUCACUCAGCAAGAGCUUCCAGCUUGCAAGCCGAUUCUCACUCCACAGUGGGUGAUUUCUGUUUUCACCCUCAUUGGAUUGAUCUUUGUUCCCAUUGGUGUUGCUUCGCUGUUUGCUUCCAAUAAUGUUGUUGAGAUAGUUGAUCGGUAUGAUACUGAAUGCAUUCCCAAGAACAUGACCGACAAUAAGAUUGCAUACAUACAGAAUAAGGCAAUCAACAAAACUUGUAUUCGGAAAGUUAGAGUGCCCAAGGAUAUGGAUCAGCCUAUUUAUGUGUAUUAUCAGCUUGAUAACUUCUAUCAAAACCAUAGGAGGUAUGUGAAGAGUCGCAAUGAUGCACAACUUCGGGAUGAAAAAAAAGCAAAUGAGACCAGUGGCUGUGAUCCAGAGAAGACCACUGCAAAUGGCAGCCCAAUUGUUCCUUGUGGUCUAAUAGCAUGGAGCUUAUUCAAUGACACAUACACCUUUACCCGUGGCAACCAAUCCUUGACAGUGAACAAGACAAAUAUAUCCUGGAAAAGUGACCGAGACCAUAAGUUUGGAAGUAAUGUUUUUCCCAAGAACUUCCAGAACGGUACUCUCAUAGGUGGUGGAAGCCUUGAUUUAAAUAAGUCUUUGAGUGAGCAGGAGAACCUCAUUGUUUGGAUGCGUACUGCAGCCCUUCCAACAUUUAGGAAGCUGUACGGGAAGAUAGAGGUUGAUCUUAAGAAGAAUGAUAUCAUUACAGUGGUGUUAAAGAACAAUUACAACACCUACAGUUUUAGUGGUAAGAAGAAGCUUGUCUUGUCCACGACAAGCUGGCUUGGAGGAAAGAAUGAUUUUCUUGGUAUUGGAUAUUUGACUGUUGGUGGAUUGUGCUUUUUCUUGGCUGCCGCCUUCACCGUUGUAUACUUUGUGAAACCAAGGAAACUUGGAGAUACAUCAUAUUUAUCAUGGAAUAGAACUGGCGCUGGACGUUAAAUAUUCUAGAUAAUGGUUAUACGAGAAAGGGCUUUAUGGUUGGUUCAUGUUUUAUGUUUGUGUGCUCAUAUGCUUCUAUCUGGCUUUGUAUAUUCUAAAAGCAAGUGCACCGAAGGAUAAUGUGUUUGUUCUUUGGGGCUUGUGUUUUUGGUGAAAUUGAAAAUUGGCCAAAUGCAUGUAUAAUGUAGCAUAGAAACUUGGUGGAUCAUUCUCUAGAAUUAGUAGGUAUGACUAAUUGUGAUGAGAGAUUUACUUGCUUGCUUAAAUGGGACCUGAGCUUUUUCA